AUGCGUGCGUCUUUAAGCAAAUCGGAUAAUGCAUUGAGCAAUAAUAAUAGUGUUAUUAAUUGUCGAUUCAAACGUCAUCAUAGUAUUGAUGAUGAUUGUCCUAUAAUACCAUCAUCAUCAUCAUCAAAUGAUGAAAAAAAAAUUCAUGUACAUUUUCAUCCUGAUCUUAUAUCAUCUGAUCAUCGUGUACCAUUAUUAAAUACUACAUCACAACAAAUAACAUUUCAAAAAUCUUCAUUUUCAUCUGAACUUGUGAGAGUUGUCGAAUGGUUUAAUCAACUUGAUGAUCGACAAAGAGAAGCAUUACUUCGAGAAUUAAUUAAUUCAUGUUCCGGUUCACAAUGGCAUCUUUUAUCACUUUUGACAGCUGAUAAUUGGCAUCGAAAUUGUCCAUCAGAUUGUUCAGAUCCAUUGGCACAAUUACCAUUUGAUAUUUCUUUUUAUAUUCUAUCGUUACUUGAUCCAAUAUCAUUAGUACGAUGUUCACUUGUAAAUAAACUUUGGUAUUAUUUAUGUUCACAUCCACAAUUAUGGUGUAAAUUAUCAAAACAAAAAAAAUGGUCUUUUUCAUCAAAUCUUCUCGAUCAACAACAAAUUGAAUCACAUACAAAUGAACAAGGAAUACCACAAGUAUGCAAGAAAAAAGACAUACAGUGA